AUGGCCGCUCUGCGCCCGCCGAAGGGCGCGGGCCGCGGCGGGAGCCGAGGCGAAGAGCGCAGCUCGGGGGAGGAGGACCGGCCGGCCGCCGGCGCCGCGGGGCUGCUGGCGGGGCUGGGCGACUCGCCGGGCGCCGGGUCCGACUCGGAGAGCCGCUCGUCCCCGUCGCCGCCGGCCCUGGGCGAGCAGUUCGAGCGGGCGGCUCAGCGCGUGCCGGCGCUGGCGGCGGCGGCCAGCAAGGAGCAGCUGCUCUACCUGUACGCGCGCUACAAGCAGGUCAAAUGUGGUAGUUGCAACACUCCCAAACCUGGAUUUUUUGAUUUUGAAGGAAAACAGAAAUGGGAAACUUGGAAAGCACUGGGUGAUACAAGUCCUGAACAGGCUAUGCGAGAAUAUGUUGCUGCCGUGAAGAAACUGGAUCCCUCCUGGAAUCCGCAGAUAGCAGAAAAGAAAGGAAGGGAAGGCAAAACUGGGUUUGGAGGCCCAGUUAUCAGUUCACUGUACCAAGAAGAAACCAUCAGGGAGGAAGAUAAGAAUAUAUUUGACUACUGCAGAGAAAACAACAUUGACCAUGUAACCAAAGCCAUCCGAUCAAAAAAAGUGGAUGUGAAUACGAAAGAUGAGAAGGGCAGAGCUCUGCUGCACUGGGCAUGUGACAGGGGACACAAGGAGCUAGCCUCCGUCCUGCUCCAGCACACAGCCGAUGUUAACAGCCAGGAUGAUGAAGGCCAAACAGCACUGCAUUAUGCUUCCACCUGUGAGUUUUCCGACAUUGUGGAACUGCUGCUGAAAUCUGGAGCUGACCCCACUCUUCGGGACACAGAGGGGUACCUGCCUGAGGAGGUGACGGACUGUAGAGUAAUCACCUCCAUGCUGCAGGAACACACAGCUGGCAAAGCAUAACCCGAAGGCCAAGGAAGGUGCAGGCAGACCCAGCGCAGCGCUCUCGGCUCGAACAACACGGCAAUAAAAUUAUCCUUCUCCCACAUCAUCAGUAUGCAUGAUACAUGGAGAACAGGACCUGUUGAGUGAAGGGGCUUAGUGUGGAGAUACAUUUCUGGGAGAAGGUAAGGCAGUCAGGUGAGCACAGACCAGCAUAUCUUGUCACCCACCAGCUAAAACAUCUCCACAGGUAGGCUGUGACUUGCCAGCCCCGUUUUUGUACCACUGGGGCCAUCCAAAAUAGCUUUAUGGCGCUUCUGACAGCCAGCGAAACAUGAAUAGUGAGAUGCGUUCAGUUUGGUGGGUUGCACGUUAUGUAGACCUGGUACAGCAUGUUCAUUUGGGGUUUUAUCAGGACGGAAGGGACCGAGGAAAGAAACGUAGGCUUUGGUCCUGGAUGUGCUGACUCAAGAGUAAGCUCUGUGGGACUUGUUUGCCCAAGUUUACCUAGGACUGGGUUAUAAAAACUAGCUGCUCUUUUGCAAGUAUCUAGUAAGAGAGGAAACCAUAGCUGAUAGAAGGGAAGAGACCGCCUUUCUCUAUCAACGAUAAUGUAUUAGUAAAAGAGUAUAUACUUUGUCCCUAUUGUCACUUCUUCAGUUGGGCAAUGGAAGCAGUGGAGUUUUCCAAGAUGCAAGAAUGGAGAGCGUUCCUGUUGGCUCUUGAAGAUCAAAAUGGCCAAACAGGGAGGCUGAGCUGUUGGUGUGUUAACCAAUCGACUAUGAGAACUGAUGGGAGUGUCCUUUGUGUGUGUCCCCUCUGUCUCUGUUGCAAAAUACUGUCUUGCACGAUAAAAUACAUCAAAGAAUA